UUCAACUCAAUUUUUUUUUGGUUUGGGUAUGCCCAUAGUGGUGUAUACACAUGGGGUAGUUAUGACCAUUGUGGUGGGUAUAGACAGGUAGUAAUAUUACCUACCCAACCAUGAAGAGAAUGUGCACGUCUCGAGCUCCGUACUUAAUGUUGCACGGAGGACCGGCCGACAGAUGAGUUUUAUUUGUUCUAUAAGUCUAAAUUUUAUUUACGCAGAAAUUGUAAUGUGUUUAAAAAUUAUUGAUAAAGGAGCGGUAUUUACGCAUUCUUUUAAACAUUGGCAACACUGCUCUGUCCACGUUCGGAAAUACACAACUCAUCACGUUCGGAAUUUAUUAUAUAAAUCUGUCAUUCUGUGCACCUUACUUCGUUUGUUUUAUUACAAAUUAAUUUAGGUGUAAGGAUAAUAAUAAAUAUUAAAACAUUUACUUGUUUUAUUUCCCUCACGGCUAUAUUUACGAUGCGGUAUAUUUGUUGUGUCUGGAACGAAUCGGCAGCGGACACGACAGAUUGAUAGGUCAGGUCGUGUAAAGGAGGCUUAAGAAAUAGAGUGAAGUUUAGUCUAUGGCUUAAGUUUUGUAAACUUACCCGGUUUUCUUUUCGUUUUCGCGUGCUGUGAUAAAAGUUUGUUUCUAGAAGUAAAAAUUAAAUAAAACUGUGCAAUUACUUAAUUUAGGAGUGCUAAAGUGUGUGAGCAGAUUGCUAAAUAACUCGCUAUUAGCAUCAAAUAGGACACACAUAAGAUUAAUAAGUAAAUGAAGAGUAUCAGUAGCUUGCAUUGCGUACAAAAUGGACCUUUUAGUUUCAACAUUAGAAUUGCGCUUAGAGAGGCUAACAGAAGCUUUAACGGGAGCCGCCGAGGCUCUUCAUAGUAUGGAGACCGGCGUAGAAAGGGACAGGAUAGUUGCCGUCAAAAUUAAUGUUAAUAAUAGAUUAUCGUCGUUCACAACAGACCUCAACAGAUAUUUGUCUGGUGAUAGCGCCAAUGUAAGAGAAGAUCUUUGGAAACAGUGUCGCGACGUGCAGAUUAAAGCGGAGGACGUGCUAACGGAAUUGGAAAUUGCCAUGAAACUCUACUGCCACGAAGGAGAUAACAAUAAUAGGACACGUCUACCUAAAUUAGAACUCGGCAAAUAUAAUGGUGAUGUCCUAAAGUGGAAUACAUUCUGGGACAAGUUUGCAGCCAAUGUCGACAAUAAGGAUAUUGCCAAUGUGGAGAAGCUCUCAUACCUGCUAGCAUCUUUGGAGGGACCAGCCCUUCAAGCAGUUGAGGGUUUGGAGACUACAAACUUAAAUUAUCCAAUUGCGGUCGAUAUCCUCAGUAGCCGUUUCGGUAAGCCUUCAAAGGUCAUUGACGCUCACAACGAGGCUUUGCAAAAACUUACGGUAGCAAAGGAUUUACCUGAAGAUUGUAGAUGCACUCUGAACGCCAUAGAGAAGCACCUGAGGGUAUUGGAGGCUCUAGGGGAGAAAGUUGAUGCUAGUCACCUUAGAGUUAUUAUACUUAAUAAAUUUCCAUCUAAAGUAGUAUAUCAAGUGCGACUGAUGGCGAUUGAUGAUUCAUUUUCUGCAAUCCGAAAAGCUUUAGAUGCUGUAAUAACAGCAAUGGAAAGUUCGAAGAGUUUGGUCGUUUUAAAUCCAGAGAGUUCUGUUAUUCCUGUGAAGUCCAGCAUGAUGGAGCUUCAACAUGAUGCUUCAACAGCGACGUUGCAAAUUGCUACGAGAAAACGAAGAUGGCAACAAAAGAGGGAAGCUGUCUCAAAUCAAAAUAGGAAACGCAUGAAGAAAACAUGUAUAUUUUGUAACGGGGAGCACUAUAGUGAAGAUUGCACCAAAUUCAACACCUAUAAGGAAAGGAUCGGGAAACUGCAAGACAGGUGCUACGUUUGCUUUCAAAUAGGGCAUCGUGCCUCCAGAUGUACCAGGAGGAGGAAGUGUGUGCAUUGCUCAAAGAUGCACAAUAGAGCAUUGUGUCGACAAAAGGUGCAGCGGGACAGCUGUAACCCAAGUAAGGACAGCGGAGGGGAGAAGUCUACACAUUAGACUUUUACUUGAUUCGGGAAGCCAACGUACCUACAUCACAAACAAAAUAGCUAAAUUACUACAUAUCAAACCUGACGGAGAAGAUUGUCUAAUGAUUUAUACAUUUGGAUCAGAGAAGCCUAGAGAAAUGCUUUGCCCAUAUGCAACCAUUACUAUAGUAAGUAAACGUAAUGUUGAAAGAAUGAUUAGAGUGAAUAUAGUCCCAUACAUCACUACAAAGGUACCAAUGGCUAUGAUAGAGUCACCGAUGAUAGACAUCUUGGCUGACGAUACUUCUACUGGUGAAGGCAUUGAUUUAUUGAUUGGAAAUGACUUAUACUUUUCAUUCAUCAGAAAGAGUGUUGA